UAAUCUAAAAAGUUAAAGGGGUAGUUCACCCAAAAAUGAAAAUUCUCAUAAUUUACUCACCCUCAUGUCAUCCAAGAUGUGUAUAACUUUCUUUCUUCUGCUGAACACAAACUAAGAUUUUUCGAAUAAUAUUUCUGCUCUGUAUGUCCAUACAAUGGAAGUGAAUGGUGACCAAAUAUUUGAAGCUCCAAAAAGAACAUAAAUCAGCAUAAAAGUAAUCCAUAUGACUCUAGUAUUUAAAUCCAUAUCUUCAGAAAGGUGUGGAUGAGAAACAGAUCAAUAUUUAAAUCCUUUUUUUAUUUUUACUGUUAAUCUCCACUUUCACUUUCACAUUCUUCUUUUGUUUUUGGUGAUUCCCAAUCUUUGUGCAUAUUGCCACAUACUGGACAGGGAGGAGAAUUUAUAGUAAUAAAACAAAUUAAAUAUUGAUCUGUUACACACACACACACACACACACACACACACACCUCUAUCAUAUCUCUUCUGAAGACAUGGAAUUCACCACUAGAGCUUAAAAAUUAUGGUCCCCAUUCAUUUGCAUUGUAUGGACUUACAGAGCUGAAAUAUUCUUUGUUCAGCAGAAGAAAUACAUUUGAGACAGCAAGGUACUUUUUGAGUUUCACAUUAAGAUAAUGCUUUAUUUUUAAAAAAAAACACUUGACAUUUCAUAACAUCACAAAUAUUUAUUAAACAUAAUAAUCUCUAUUGUGACUGGAUCAGUCAAUGUAAGUCCACUUUGAAUAUUUUUCAUAAAUCUUUUCAACCCCCAAUUUUUUUAUGAGGGCCUUUAGCCCCUGCACUGGGGGGCUAUUUUACCCCAAAAAUAUCCUUUCACUUAUUGCACCAUUAUUUAAAAAAGUUUGAUUUAAUCACCUUGAACAAAACUGAAAAGGACAAAUAAGUGUUUUAUAAAUGUGAUAAUUGUAUGUAUUCUCAUUAGCUACAUACAUUUGCAACAUUUUAAAAAUGACAAAUGUUUGAUCAAAUUUCCUCAAACUCAAACUUUAGACCUGGCAUGCAAUGAUCUCAUGGGUCAGGAUGUCUGUGCGGUGUAUAGUGACAAACAGGUGUUUAGGCAAGUACUUAUAGUUUUUGUUGCAUAUUAGUGUUUUGGGAGACAAUAAAAUAAACGUGCCUUUAAUUUGCUCCUUACAAAUAAUUUGUAGUUCCCCACACUAAAAAAAAAUGUAUUUACAGAAAACGCAUGAGCCAUUUAGUCUAGUAUAUGGGUCUGCAGUCUGGGCUGACAUGAUGUCAGAAUAAAUAAAGGAACCUUUCGUUUCAAAGCUUUGCCACCAUCUAGAGGUACAACUUGGUAUAUUAUUCACAGCAGACUACAACGUAACAUUUUAUAUGGAAAUUGCACAUCGUUACCAUGGAGAAAUGCUUCCCUCUAGAGGCCUUGUACGACAUUGCACUAUAGCAAACUGUUUUCCCAUGAUGUCAAGCAAAGAGGCAAUGCGUUUGAAGGUAGGUUAAAAUAAAUCCACUGGUACACCUCCUAUCAGAAGCUAAUUGGAAAAUUGUCUAAAGGCUUGACAUCAUUUUGUGGAAUUUUCCAAGCUGCUUAAAGGCACAGUUUUAACUUUGUGUAUGUAAACUUGGGACCCACUGGAAUUGUGAUAUAGUCCAUUAAAAGUGAAACAAUCUGUCUGUAAACAAUUGUUGUAAAUAUUACUCGUGUCAUGCACAAAGUAGAUGUCCUAAACGACUUGCCAAAACUAUAGUUUGCUAAUAUGAAAUCUAUGGAGUGGUUGAAAAAUUAGUUUUAAUGACUUCUACCUAAAUGUAUGCAAACUUCUGACUUCAACUGUAAAUCCUUUUUUUAAACUAUAAAUCUCCAGUUUCACUUUCUUCUUUUGUUUUUGGUUAAAGCAAUAAAUAAAUGUAUUUUGGUUAAAAUAAAGAAAUACUGAACAUCCCAAAAGUCCAUCCUCUUAUCUCCCCUUCUAAAACUAUAUCUGUGUCAUUGUCCUAAAGCACAUACACUGCACUGCCUGUAUGUCUUUGUGUGAACUUGAAGUAAAACUUAGUUUGUUAAGUUUAAAACCUAAAUGAGCUGCCCCAAGCUAAUAAUAAGUGAAAGAUCAGAUAAUUAGUUAACACAACAGAUUAGUAUAUAACUUGAUGCAGAGCAGCUGUUGUUGGCAUGUUUAGUCAACUUUAUUUAUUUUUUCUCUCUUGUUUUUCUACACACACGCCGCUACACUUGUGUAAUUGUUGAGCACUCUCUCUUAGUGAUCUCUUGUGUAUCUAAAAUAGCACCAGCUGAAGAGCAUCUAGAGCCUCCAAGAGCAGCUUAGACCAAAAAUUACCCCUGAGUGUUUGUUUAUCAAAUAUUAGGGCUAAUUUGAUGGUUUCAUUUAUGAAAAAGACAAAAUCAUUUUAAAUGUUCUUUGUUCAAGUUCUUCUUGAUGUCUGAUGAAGGCCAUGAGGGUGGCCAAAACAUCAUGCAAGUUUUAAUCAAAUACAGUGUUGCACCUCCUUUUUAAAGCUAUAAAAAGAGCAAAGUUAUCUUAGCUCUUUUUCACAUAUUUAACCCAUUAAACGCUGGGCCCACAGGAAAAAAAUAGAACAAAAUGAUUAAUAACUACAAUAUUGACCAAAAUAAAAUAGGUUUUGUUUUAAAGCUUAGAAGCUGUAUUUUACAAUGCACUGAGGCAUUAUGACUGAAACUAUACAAGCGCUUUGAAAUUUGCAGACAAAUCAGAGUUGUACCGUUUUGAUCAUUCGGUAAAUCGGUUUUUAAUCGGUAAAAAUAUCAAACUGAUCAAAUAGCCAUGUGUCAUGUCAUUGGAAAGCUCUCAGAGUAGAAUACACCCAGCCUAUUUGUUUUACUCACAGACAAAAAUAAAGCGAGUAAUAGCUAAGCAUAUGUCUUUGACAUACAGUAUUUUACAUGUAAACAUGUGUUGCUUAUUUGCCGCAUUUGUGUGCACAGCAGAAAAUGUGUUAUGUUCUAAAAACACAUAAGCUUUCCUGGUUCAGAUGACUUCAUUAGAAAUAAUGUAGUACAUUGUCCAGGGUCAUGGAAAGUUAAACCAACUGUAUUAGGAUUCAGAUCACUGCAACCAGAGGUGUAAGUCAUCCAAAUAUGGGCAAAGAGGAUUGUUCACUCUAAUUACACCACCAGAUGGGGCCAAGUGAUGGCUCAAUGAUGGCUCAAAUGACACAGAAUUGAACUGAAUGAGAUCUCGUUACUCAUGCCUGCAUGCUUUGGAGAGAGCAUUCCUUUAGUCAUUGUUGUAUUUGCAUGUUUAAUUAGUUCUUAUGUACAGUUAUUAUGUUUUAUUUGUUUGGAGAGGCUUUGAAUUAUUUUUGUAAUGCUAUAACUUUUGGUUGCUUUGUCGUAUCAUCACAAAAUUAUACAAGUGACUUGAUGGGGAACAAAAUAAAAGCAGUUUUUUGGAGCUACCUUAUUUACACCUUAAGAUAUACAGUCAAAUGUUAAAUCUUUUAAAAUUAUACCAAAGACUUGAUCCUAAAUGUUUUUGUUUUUUUGUUGCUUUGUUUGUUUUUUGUCGAGUUAUAAGCCUUUAAUUUUGGGUAUGCCACUGAAACAGGAAAUCUUUAAAAAUACCCGCAAAGCUUAAAUUGUUAAACACGUUUAAGUGCAAAAUCAGCUUAGGAAAUGGCAAAAAAGUCUGCAAAUUCUAUUUUGGCCUGCUCAUGACAUUGAGGUUUACCUGUUAAACCAUGUUACAUCUGUUUUAGAUUUUCUUUUAAAUUAUUUUUGUUUAUUAUAGUGUAUUAUGUUGUUUUUCUAUUCGCUAAUGUAUGCCUACUGCUGUAAUGCCUUAAUUUCACCCAUAAUUAAUAUGCUAUCCUAUCGUCCCAUAUACCUAUUUAAUGUUGACCCAAAGUAGAAGUUGUUUUCAGCAGGUACAUACAUUUGAAACAAUGUAAUAUCAGCUGUUUCAGUGUCUGUGUUCAAAAAGUGUGAACACAGGAUGUUUAGAACGACGUUGCCAUCAAACCACUCCUUAAACUGCCCUUCCUCUCGACUUUUGAAGAGACAAGCACACAGUUUCAUUCAAACCAGUUACACACACACAAAAGAGUCAGAGUCCACACACACACAGGAGGUGUAUAGACUUGUGUAUGCACACAAAGGGGCUUCCCUUGUGAAACCACUCACAUUUGAUCUCUAUUAUUUUCAACUGCUCACAAACGCACACUCGCACACCCAAACAGCAGCUGUAAACAUGUUGCUUCCAAGAGCUGUUAUUCUGUUUAGCCUGUGGGGUUGUGCUUCCUGUGUUCGGUACCGUGCUGAUUUUAACAUGAUGGGGGUAACUGGUUGGGUCGUCUUUGAUUCCAUGGACCAGAAGUCCACCGUUAACCUCACAGGCACCGGCACAUGUCAAUGGUUCAACAUCUCCCUCACUACAUUCCCAGUUAUGUAUGGCCAUUUUGCUUCACCGUGUCAGAAAGCACAUAUAGGAAACAGUGUUUUCAUGUUUUCUGUAGAUAUGCCACAGGCUGUCAUAAAUGUGUCCACAUUAUUUGCAAAGAACUUCAGUCUGGAUGCCCUAUCAGUGGUGGUGGAUUCAUGUAACGGCACCAGGGUUUGUGCUGGACUCACGUCCGAAUCCCAGGUCAGAACUUGGCAGUCACGAUUUUUCAGUCCCAUAGCUGGGAAUAUCUACAUCCGCCAAGUGACUGGGGAACCAGGAGCAAGGGUUCUCUCAAAUCUAAGAAAUCUCAAUCAGACCACGACUUUUGCAAAUAUCAGUAUUUUUUUCCCCCAAAGCUCUGCCACAAACUGCACUACCCUCCUCAGCCGUCUGGAUCCAACAAAUAUCACAAGACUUGGUUUUUUGAAUAUUGGAUCACCUCUAGAACCUGUGAAAUCUCGCUUAGACAUUGCCUUUUUCAGUUUUGAAGUCCGCUUUGCACUCCUCAACCUCAACAGCCCAAACUACAUGUGUGCAGAGAUCAGAAUGGUUGCUCCAAAGAUAGUUAGAGCAGUCUUAGACAUGAGAGGGAUUAAAGGGUACUUCAACUUCCAUCAAGCAUCUCCCUUUGAUUUCACAACCAUAAUGGUCAACCUGACAAACCUCAACAAGAGAGUUGGUCCAUUCCAUGUCCAUCAGUUUCCCUUGCCCGAGAUGAGAUCUCCUCCAGAGAGCAGCUGUAGCAAUAACAAUGUUGGAGGUCACUGGAACCCCUUUAAUGUGAAUGUUCAAGCCCCAGCUUAUCCGCCCCCAAGAGGUUCCACUCACGAUCGCUUUGAGGUAGGAGAUCUGAGUGCUAGGCAUGGAUCUUUGGAGACCUUGAAUAACUUUCAGGCCACUUUGACGGACUGGAACUUGCCUCUGUUUGGGCGGAAUAGCAUCGUAGGUCGCUCUGUCGUGAUACAUCAACUCAAUGGAACAAGGUUUGCCUGUGCAAGUAUAGGCUACCCCGGCAAAGUGUCUGUUGCUAAGGCAGUUUUUCGCAGUCCUGUGGUGGGGACUGUCCUCUUCACCCAGCUCAGCAGUGACUGGUAUUCAGAUGUCUCGGUGUUUGUGGACCUAUCUUAUGGACAACUUUCUACACAAGCCACACAGAAUCACAACUGGCAUGUCCACACCAAUCCUAUCAGCACAGAGACUGACAGUGAUAAGGGAUGUUGUAUUUCCACUGGUGGACAUUGGAACCCAUUCAAACUAGACACCAAUUUGGGUAGCUAUGCCAUUAAUUGUGGUCCAGACAGCCCUUUUGCUUGUGAAAUUGGAGAUAUCUCUGGCAAGCACAAGACUCUGGACCUGCUUCCAGAUGUUGGUAUGGUGGCCUCCAAGAGCUUUUUCACUGACACCACCUCCUGGGUGUCUGGAAUGAUUGGUCGCUCUGUGGUGGUGCACGGUUCAAACCAAACAUCUCCACGAAUUGCAUGCGCAAACCUCACCUUGUUCCGUUUUCCAUCUGCUAGCUCAAAGUCUUGGCUUGGUCCUGGAUCCUCUGAAGGUCAAGUCAGAUUCUCCCAAGCCUCUCCUCAAGGACCAACAUUCCUCAACAUUUCUUUCACUGGACUCAAUUCCAGAGCUGCUGGCUACCACGUCCAUAUUCUUCCAAUCAAGAGCAUUGAGGAACCCUGCUCUGACAGCAACAUCAUGGGCCACUUCAACCCAUUUUCUGUGGACAUGGCCUCUUCUCCUGCUCCAGGGAGUGGAACAGUUGACCAGUAUGAGAUUGGAGACAUAAGUGGGAAGUUUGGACCACUGACGGGUCAGAAUGACUUUCAGAAUCAGUUCACAGACUCUAACAUGCCACUAUCAGGACCGAACAGCAUAAUUGGCCGAUCACUGGUCAUACAUUACACUAAUGGCUCAAGAAUGAGGUGUACCGAUAUUUUAGCGGAGAACAUUACAGAUGGAUACUGGGUUACUGCAAAGGCUACAUUCAGUAGUGCAGUAACCGGAACGGUGACCAUGUCCCAACAGAGUUUUCCUGAUGGCAGCUACGGUGAUGCUAUUUUAGAGGUGGAUGUGCGUGCAUCGCAAUCACUUAAUGUUACAAAAGCAUCCUGGUACAUCGCAGAUGAUUCGAUGGGGUUGGAUCGUAGUACAUGUUCUAGAGAAAUGUAUAACCCAUUUAACAUGACAGCAGAGAACACCAGCUGUUCUCAGGUCAGUGCUCUGUCCUGUGAGGUUGGAGAUCUGACAGGUAAACAUGGCUCCAUAAGUCUCAUCAAAAGACAGUUGUACAACGACAUUAAUUUGCAGCUCACCGGAGACUUUACAGUUGUCCAGAGGUCAUUGGUUAUUAGACUGAGUAACGGCACAACUGCAUGUGCAGAUAUUCUACCAGCAUCUCCUUCUGCCAUGCAGAAUUUCCCCAUCGUGGCCUCCUUCAGCAGAUAUGACUUUCGGGAGAGAGUGGCAGAUGUGCUUAACAUCACAAUGUCCAGAGUUACCAUCUUACCAAGUGCUUCUCCCAUAUCUGAUGGGAAGUGCCAGCAGGUCAACUAUCUGGUGUCAGGUGAGGUGAGCAAGGACAAGCUAAACUCUGUUAAGAACAGUGAGAAGAUGGGUGUGUUCAAAGAAUCAAAGGCGUGCAGUCGAAGUGGAAGCACAGGACUGAUGCUGGUCCCCUGCACGACAUUACCAAUCAUCAUGACAACUAUAGUCUUCCUGCUCGGGUGACUGAUCCAACACUAGACGGACAUUGAAAUGUCACAUUAUCUCAAAUCAGUACCUUCUCCUUAUUACCUUUAAUAAACCCUUAAUAAACUCUUCUGAGGUGGUGCAGAGGCUCCCAGACCCCCCAACUUUGGAACAUCAAAUUGUCAAUAUUACAAGAAUCAAUACUGUAAAAUGUCCCUGGUACGUUUUAAGUAGUGUACUAAAAUACUACCCCUACUUACCCUUAUUUCUGCAGUAUAUAGUAUGCACUCUGGGCACAGUAUGUUAAUUUUUCUGUAUACUUUAAAUACAGAAUCUGGAUGGCCAGUAUUCAGUAAGUAUUAAGCUAGUACUCCAUUCUGAACAAUGCUUCAGUCUAAAUUUCCUCCCUUCAUUCUUUUAAUGUGCAUUUCACUCACCCAUAUCUGAUUGUUCCCAUACCACAAUCCUUAUAUGAUAAUUAUAUGAUUGAGUUUCUCCAUUUUCUGGAUUAUGCUGCUCUACUCUUCAGGUGUUUCAAACAGGAUUGACAGGACAAAUAACUUUGUUUGUAGAUUCCACAAAAGCUUGACACAAUACUGUUUUAUACCCCUUUCCUUCCAUGUAGCGCCCUGAUUGUAUAUUUUAUGUGAUGAAAUCCAUGUGAAUUGAACACAGCCCUUAUUUUCAUAAAAUAGAGUUUGUACAAUUUGGUUUAAGAUCUAAGAUCCCAAAUAAUCAAGGGUACUAGUUUGCUUGCUCAAUCUAGCAAAUUGUGCCCAUGCUUUGUGGGUGUAUUGCUGGUUAUUUACUAAGAAUAUUCACGCAAAUAGACACAAAGAGUUUGAUCACACCUAUAUUUAAAUGCGGAUUUUGCACACGUAAUUGUAUUGCAUGUUAUCCAAACUCAUUUGUGGCUUUCAAUAAGACGGUGUCAAGUAUGAUCAUUUAUUUCAAUAAUGUAUAUAUGCCUUUAUUUGUAAAAUAAUAUCUAAUUAUUAUAUAAGUACACAUACUUCAUACAUUAAUAUAUAAAUGCGAUUUAUAGUACAUUUAUUGGUGUUUCUUCGAUCAGGGGCACUUUUGACUUCUAACAAAACAACUUUAACUAUUUGUCGUCUAUUACUGAUCUAAUACUGAUGUAUUAUUGAUUUAUUACAGAUGUAUUACUGACUGUCAUCUAU